GUAAAUAUAUUAACAAAAUAAGUAAAAGAAAAAAUAAAAACCCCGAGCCAGCCGAAACCUUCCCUGAAAACCUAGACGCGCAGUAUAUGUUUGGACGCUGUUCUGCAAAGAGUUUGACAAGGCUUGCAGCAACUCAAUAUGGAAGAAAAAAUAGACACUGCAGACAAGAAGGUGCUGGCUGAUAUUGUAAAAUUGGCACAAAAGAGAGGCCUCAAGGGUAAGCUAGGAGACUGGAAAGAAUUCUUGGACAGUCAUGACAAAAAGUUUGGGGCCAAUUUGAGUGAUCCAUCAAAGCGACCCCAUGAGUUAUUGGCUACAUUUCUAAAGUCUUUUUCGAAGGAGGAAGAUUUGAAGUUUUUUGACAACAUCAUGCGACAUCAUGAAAAUCAAUACAUGUUGGAGCGACUGAAAGAUAAAUCCCAUGAGUCCCCGGAGCAGAGGCUAGUUCAAAUAACUCUGCAGCAUCCGUUAUAUCCAUUGGACUAUUCAUCUCCAUCAAUUGACGAGGGUUGGAUAAUUAUAAAUGUUAAAAACAAGCCCAAGGUGAUGAAGUCUACUACAAUGCUCGCUGUUGAUUGUGAAAUGGUUCUUUGUGAGGAUGGGACAGACGAGGUAGUUAAAGUUUGUGUGGUAGACCAUAAUUUAGAGGUCAAGCUGAAUGAAUUCGUAAAACCCAACAAAAAAAUUGUGGACUACAGAACAGAGAUCACUGGUAUCUCUUCUCAAGAUCUAGAGGCAGUGACUUGCUCCUUGGCUGAUGUACAGAAAUCCAUGAAGAAGUUGUUAUCAAAAGGAGCCAUAUUAGUGGGACACAGUUUGCAUAAUGAUCUACGUGUGCUGAAGCUUGAUCAUGUCAGAGUGAUUGACACUUCCUAUAUCUUCCAAUCCACGGAUGGGCCUAUGCACAGAAGACCUUCUUUGAAUGGUUUAUGUCAGGCUGUUUUGGGUCGUGCUGUUCGGGAAAAAGGUGCUCCACAUAAUUGUCUAGAUGAUGCAUGUGCAGCUAUGAACCUCGUUCUUGCAAAGAUCAAACAUGGUGUUGAUAGGGAAUUUCCAAUUUCACUGGCUCAAGAGCGUGUUCCAGAAAGUGAGACCACAAAGCUUUUUCUUCACCGGAUACCAAACACUGUAAACACUGAAGCACUGCAUAACAUUGUUCCUGGAGAAUUCAGAACAGAACUGCAGUCUACUAGGAAAGUUCAAGGAAGACAUUAUUCUGCCUUAGCUGUUUUUAAAAAUACACAAGAGGCUGAUGACGCCUAUGAAAAAGUCCAAGGAAUCCAAUUAAAGGAUAAUCAAGGUCGUCCACAAAAACUUGUAACAUUUCUGACAAGUAAAGGCAUGCCUGUCACACUAUAUGUUCGGAAAAUGGUAAGUGAUGAACCCACUGUCCAGAAUGGCUCUAAUAAGAGGGCUUUACAAACGGAUGAGGCAGUUGAUGUUUCCAAGAAAGCAAAGAUAGAUAAAAACACUGAAGAGGAUGCCCCAAGCUGUGAUGCCCAUUUAAACGAGAUUGAAGCACUGAAUCAACGAUUAAAGCAAAGUGAAUUGGAGAUCGAAUCAUUGAAGAAAGAGCUGACACAGAAAGAUUUUGAAAUAACCACCCUGCAUAAAAUGGUGGCCUCUUUAAAUAAGAGAAGAAAAUAAAAAGUGUAGCCAGGAGAUGGGAAUAUUGGAUUGUUUGGUGAAAUGAAAUUGAAGGUAUGCUCCUUAGCCAGGACAUCUUACAUUUAUGGUAAUUUUCUUAAAAAUCGGUUCUGUGAACCGUCCAGUUUUGAGACAUUCAUAUUUAGUUGUCAUGUUAAUUACUCGGAGGUUCCAGAAAUUCCCUUCGAGUCCAAAUUUGGAUUUAAAUAUUUCCCUCGAAGGAUGAACGAGUGUACCGAUGAAUGUUUUUGUCCACAACUAACGUUUUACUUCAAUUAUAUAUGUUCUAUUGACAAGAUAGCUCAUCAAAUAUUGUCAAGUUUGUACUCA